UUGUGACGUCAGCGGAAGUCGUUCAGUUGCUAAGCUGCAGCUGCAGAACAACCAGACUGUCAACAACUGCUGAGACAGAUUAUCUGACGGACGGUUUAACGUUUAAACUUUACCCUCCCGGUCAUUCAGAUGAUUAACGGCGGCCGACAGACGAAGGUGGAGGAAGCUCAGCGCUCAGAGUGAAUGAGAAGCUGAUGUCUGGCCUCAGUCGUCCUGACUGACUUCAUGAAUUAACCUGAAGCGCUCGUGUAGUUCACACUAAGCAGCCCGUCUCCCAGUGUGACCAGUAUGGCCGCCGCCAGCACCACCAAGAUCUCAUGGCGACUGCAGGAGUUCGAGGCUCAUUCCAGCAGCGUCUCCUGUCUGGCUCUGGGGAAAAGCUCCGGACGCCUGCUGGCCACAGGAGGAGAGGACUGCAGGGUCAACAUCUGGGCUGUCAGCAAGGCCAACUGUAUCAUGAGUUUGACUGGUCACAAGAACCCAGUGGAAUGUGUCCAGUUCAACUUGUCAGAGGAGCAGGUCGUCGCUGGUUCACAGUCUGGAUCAAUACGAGUCUGGGACCUGGAGGCCGCCAAGAUUUUAAGGACUCUGAUGGGACACAAAGCCAACAUCACCAGUCUGGGCUUCCAUCCGUUUGGAGACUUUCUGGCCUCGAGCUCCAUGGACACAAACAUCAAGCUCUGGGACGUGCGGAGGAAAGGAUACGUGUUCAGGUACAAGGGUCACACUCAGGCGGUGAGGAGUCUGGCCUUCAGUCCUGAUGGGAAGUGGUUGGCUUCAGCCAGCGACGACUGCACGGUGAAGCUGUGGGACCUGACUCAGGGGAAAACCAUCACAGAGUUCAGAUCUCACACCGCGGCCGUCAACAUCGUCCAGUUUCACCCCAACGAGUACCUGCUGGCGUCCGGCAGCUCCGACAGAUCCACUAAGCUUUGGGAUCUGGAGAAGUUUUCCAUGAUCGGAUCGCUGGAGGGAGACACCAGUCCCGUCAGGUGUAUAUUUUUCAGCCCGGAUGGCGGCUGUCUGUUCAGCGGAGCCACAGACUCUCUGCGGGUUUACGGCUGGGAGCCCGACCGCUGCUUCGACGUGGUGCCGGUGGGCUGGGGCAAAGUGUCCGACCUGGCGGCGUGCAACCAGCAGCUGAUUGGAGUGUCUCACCAGCUCUCCAGCGUCUCGUCCUACGUGGUGGAUCUGAAGAGGGUGAAGAAGAGCGGCGGCUCUGUGAUCCAGGGAAUCAUCCAGGACAACCAGCCGCUCACAGAGCCAAAGGAUCCCAAAGGAACCGCGCUGCGCAGGAACUACGAGCGACCCACAACCACCUGCAGCUCGCAGAGGGUGAAGCAGAGUUCAGACGCUGAUAGGCGGAGCCCCGAAGGCGAGAGGCGGAGCCCCAGCGAGGACGAAGCGGACGAUAAAAACGUGUCUUCAGCCGAGAUCCACAACGCGGAGGACUACAAGGAGAUCUUCCAGCCGAAGAACGCCAUCUCUCGUACUCCUCCCAAGAUGUCGGAGCCUUUCCCUGCUCCUCCAGAGGACGAAACCGUUUUGGCGAUCGGCCGUCAGCUGAGGGACAUGAUAGCUCCUUUUCCCGACAAGCAGCUGACUUCUCCGCUGGCCUCGUCCACACCUGUCCAGAGGGUGGAGCCUACGGUGGUCUCCUGUGUGAAGCGCCCCUCAGCCGUGGCCCCGGCGUUCUCCAACCCCCCCGUCUCUGACCCGCCGCCGCCCCCUCAGCCUCCCGUCACCGCCGCCAAGACCAAACCACAACCCAAGAUCAUCCUCAGCACCAGGAACGAGCCCAUCGGACUGAACGUGGCCGACUUCCUGCCUUCGUCACCCAACAACAGAGGCGGAGCGCUGAGCGACGAGGAGGCUCUGUCUCAGAUCAAGAAAGGUCACGACACCAUGUGCGUGAUGCUGAGCAGCCGACACAAGAACCUGCAGACGGUCCGAGCCGUCUGGGCCCGCGAGGACAUCAAGAGCGCUCUGGACACCGCCGUCUCCAUGAAUGACCUUUCUAUUGUUGUGGACAUCCUCAACAUCAUCAACCUCCAGCCGUCUCUGUGGAAACUGGAUCUGUGUACGACGAUUCUUCCUCAGAUCGACAAACUGCUGCAGAGUAAAUACGAGAGCUACAUGCAGACCGGCUGCACGUCUCUGAAGCUCAUCAUGAAACAUUUCUGGAUGCUGAUCUCAGACACGCUGAAGGCGACGCCGUCUGUCGGAGUCGACAUCACACGAGAGGAGCGACACCACAAGUGCAGAGUUUGCUGCAAGCAGCUGAAGAACCUGAGCAACAUGGUGAAGAACAAGGCGGCGCAGGUCGGUCGCCACGGCAGCGCCUUCAAAGAGCUGCAGCUGCUCAUGGCGCCGCUGGACGACUCGCUCUGACGCUAAACGCGCCGACGGGUAACCGACCUGAAGGUUUACAGACCAACUGAGAUCCGUCGGUCGCUGGAUCAGCUGAUCUGCGGAACGGACUGAGAUCAGACGCUGAAGAAACAUUCCUGCACUUUAUGUGUUGAUCUGUUCACAUGACACAAAUCCUCCCAGAGGCCUCGGUCACACUGCGAGCGUGAGCGCGCCGCAGAAAAACGUGUUAAUAUAAGUGUUAAAGAUGUUAAUCUUCACGUACUCUAAACGAACACACUGACACUUUGAAGAAAUCCUUUUGUCUCAAUCAGAAUCAGAAGAAGAAGGUUUUCGGUUUUGAUCUGUGACUGACGAGCCGCCUGCUCGUUAACAACACACACACCGACACCGACGCAGGCUGAAGCUCGUUAAUCUGAAUCCUCCUGAAUGCGGGUCGCACGCUGCUCUGUGUGCUCGUUUCACCAGCUGUUCACAGUCAGCACUGUCAGUUCACACUUAGGAAACAAUGACGUCAUAACUGAGCUCGGUGCAGAUUUAUGCGUCUUUAAAUUAAACCCGGUUGCCGUAGAGAUCGAAGCGUAAAGAGAUGAUGUAGAAUAUGUUCAACAUAUCUGACGUCACACUUUACAUUUCUCAGAACAAACACAAUUUAUCUCAAACUACUGAGCCAGUGACGUCAGACUGAACGACCAAAUAACUUUGACCAAAUAACAGUCACUUCCUGUUCACAUAAU